CGCGCUCCGCCGUCCUCCCUCGCUUGUCUGCUAUGCUCAUAUUUGGACUCGGCCGCCCGUGCCCAGGAAUUUCCCGUCAUGCCUCCCGCCGCCCCGUCUGUCGCCCGGAGCCGGGAGGGAGGAGGGAUCGGACAGCAGCCGCUCGUCUUCCCCGGAGUGCGCGGCGGACCCUCCGGCGCCCAAUCGCGCUCUGCCUGGGUCUCUGCCUAGCUGCGGUCGCGGCCACCACGCCGCGCGCUUUUGCCGCUGCCUUCGCCUCCGGGUUUGUCGCUGAAGAUACCACAGAGAUGUCUGCCUUCAACCUGCUGCACUUGGUGACGAAGAGCCAGCCCGUGUCCCCGAGAGCCUGCGGGCUCCCCUCAGGGUCAUGUAGGGACAAAAGGAACUAUAAGGUGGUCUUUACCCAGCAGGAACUGAGGAAGCGGCUGACACCCCUACAGUACCAUGUCACUCAGGAGAAAGGAACAGAAAGUGCCUUUGAAGGAGAAUACACACAUCACAAAGAUCCUGGAAUAUAUAAAUGUGUUGUCUGUGGAACUCCGCUGUUCAAGUCAGAAACCAAAUUUGACUCUGGUUCAGGCUGGCCUUCCUUCCAUGAUGUGAUCAGUUCCGAGGCCAUCGAGUUCACAGAUGAUUUUUCCUACGGGAUGCACAGGGUGGAAGCAAGCUGUUCUCAGUGCGGUGCUCAUCUUGGGCACAUUUUUGACGAUGGACCUCGUCCGACUGGCAAAAGAUACUGCAUCAACUCGGCAUCCUUGUCCUUCACUCCCGCCGGUGGCAGUGAGGCAGAAGGAGGCAGCAGCAAAGAGAGUGGCAGCCCAGCAGCAGCAACAGCAGCAGCAGACAGAGCUGAGCUGUAGAAUCAGGGGCGGCGGUGGAAACAAAGUGUACUUAAUGCACAGCUGAUUGAAAAACCAAAAAUGGUUUAUCUUAACAGAGCUAUUUUUUUUCCAGAAGCUAUAAGGGCAGUUAAUGCUAUUGAAAAUGCUCCCCCCCCCCCAUGGCAGUUCUGCCCGUCCAUGUAUUUUGCUGUUGACUAGGUCCAGAACUGUGUGUAGGUUUUGCAAAUGGAGAUUAGCUUUGUGGAGCAUUUUCUUAAGCUUCUAAGUAGCCUUGGCAUCGUUUUCUUCCAACGCAUACCUUCCUUUAAGUUUUGUCCUUGUGGGUACCCCCUUUGGAUUAAGAGGUGGAGGCCAUUUAGUGAAAUCAGGGAGCUGCUGCUCAGGAGCUGAGAGGAGAGCUGGGAAAGGCAAAGAGAGCAUCUAGACAUGUGGCCGCUAUGAUAAAGACGGAGUGCUGCUGUGGACUGCUAGGCUGGGUGGAAAGUCUGAGCUAAGGUUGUUUUUUCUCACUAGAAGGGUGUGAAGGUCUGAAGUCGUUCCUUAUGUUACAUUGUUGCCAGAUGUGAGAGGGCUCGCUGAAGGUUGUGGCAGAGACGCAAACCUUACCUCUGGGCAGGUCUUUAUUUUAUAUUAUUUUCCAUUGGAAACAGCAGAAUGCGAGACAAGUGUAAAAUGCUGGGCCCCAUUUUUGUCCAAAGUUCGCCAAAGAAGAAUGCUUGCCCAUUGCCUCUGCGUAAGCCUUUCUCCACAUGCCGCAUGUGAACUUCAUCUGGAUGAGCAUUUUAGAAGAUUUCCCCAGUGCAAAAUAAAAUAUUAGAGACAACACACUUCAUCAAGGCGGUAGGAAAGAGAAAGAUCAGAGAAGACCAAGCACGAAAUCCUGAGCAAUAAAUAAUCCCACGCUGUGCAAAAAGGCAAACAGGAUCUCGAAGGCACUGCACCUAAACCGACUGUGGCAUAGCACCAGUAGGUCCGUGUGAGGAUGGUGGGGAUUAAGACAGGAUAGUCAGGCCCAAGGGCCACACUUCACGGCGUGUACAAGAGACAAGCCAUUUAGCCCCGUUGUGCCUAUAUCUUCGUGUAUACAUUAGGACUCAUAUCUUUAUAAAAUACAUUGAUACUCUCAGGGCAACAUUACUAUAUUGCUGUACAAUGAAUAAGAUCAGGAUUGUAAAAAUCCCACUGAUCUGGUUGUAAUUGCACAGAGCAGGCCCAAGUUUGCAAUGGGAAGAAGCAGAGGUGAACUUUGUUGGUUGGUAUGGAAACAGUCAGCAAAAGCCAGACCGUUAUCUUGUAGCAACAUGGCAGGUGCUGCUUGCAGAAGCUCUGUGUGGUGGCGUGAGGUUUUCAUAGGGUUGAACGAAGAUGAUAGCAGUUACAGGUGCUGUCUCACCAAUAAGCAUUGUGAUUUUGAGUGCCGAUCCUGAAAUGUGGCUUUUAAAGACACUUAGGUUUCUAAAUUUUUGAUGAAGAGUGGCAUCUGUUCCUGGUGACUACCAGGAGAAUGGACGUGUGGCAGUCACAGACACAGUGUGAAGCAAUAAAAGCUGGGGCAAGCAAGCUGAGACAGCCACGUCCAGCAACUUCUGGCCUUCUCCAGGUACCUCCUGAAGGUCCUGACAUCCUGCCCAGUCUUCAGCAUCGCCCAAUUCUAGAGACGCCCAUGCUUUCAACCAUGCACACACAGGAAAGUCACCUAAGCAUUGGCGGCCCCUGGCCCCAGAUGUUUGCCUCCAGCCCAGUCCCAUCUGUGUGGUGGCCUUCCCAGGGUCCCUUGGAUAAAGAAGACAAAUGAGGAGGUUCUCUCUACCCAGAGACUUUGGGUUGUUGCUCUUCCUUCAUUUUUAUAAUACUAUAGCACUAAACACACACACACACACACACACACACACACACACACACACACACACACACCCCAUAACAAUACUGAAAAUAUUGUUUCCCUUUAACUUUAACUGUUUUGUUUUUAAACAAAAGCCAGCUUUUCCAGCACCAACUUAUAUAUGUGUGUGUGUGUGUGUGUGUGUGUGUGUGUGUGUGUGUGAAAGAAAAACGAGUGCACACGGUUUAAUUCCAGAUUGCUUUUGGGGCUUAAGUGGUAUCAAAUUUCAGUAUAUUUCUGGCUUAUGUUAAAGAAAUAUAUUGCUAAAAUGUCAGUGAGCAAUAAUGCCAGCUGUCGAGGACUAGAUUUACUUUCUCAGGAUAUGGAAAUCCUGCAGUGAGCUGAGGUGGUGAGGUGUAUGUGAUCUGUGGGAGUUCUGCCAUGUAACACAGGAGGUGCACAGUCUUCCCUGUGUGCAUCCCAGCUCUGACUGCCCAGUGGGCCAUGCAGAGAUGGACUAGUAGGCAGGAAACACAUCCCUCGGAGUGCACAGAACAGAUCGGAAGGAAGCAGCAACAUACAGUGUAUUUCUGAGUAUUUAAACUUUUCAUUUCUUUUUAUACUUAAAACCUUAAUGCAAACGACGAAGCAAUUGGAACAAAGCCUCUCCACGUUGUUUAAUACGGGGGUGGGGUGGGGGGGAGAUGAAAAUUAGUACCAUGUUUUGAAGAUUGUGUAUGACUCUUGACCUAGAAAGCCUUUUUAAUAACUUUUCUUCUGAUAGUUUAAAACUUUUGAAAAGUGACAAGAAAACUUCAUUGAAAAGCCUUUUUCAAUAUUUGUUGUAUACGGAAAUUAGGUAAUAAAGUUUCUUUAUAUAAAAAAAAUGUCUCUCUUCUCUGGUUCCUAAAGACUACUGUGACCUCUAGCAUGGCUGCCCACCAUACACAGGAUGGACAGACUUCCCCAAGGAGCUGGUCUGUCCUUAGUGCCCAAGGAGGCUUUGGAACUUGGAGAUUCCCUGUAAAGAAAGGUUUCUGAGACUCCUGAAGACCAGAGGACAGGAAGAUGGGGUCAUUUCUUCAGCCUUCACCUCACCACAGCAGAAUUGUCAACAGUUCCUUUGUGUGUUGUGCUAAACGUGUGCUUUGGAAAUUCUCACUGUAACUGCAGGUGUGAGGCUGCAGGCCUGCUGAUGUGGUUGGUGUCUCGGCCCUGCUAAAAAGUCCAGUGUGACACUUAA